UCAAAUCAGGAAGCAGCCCUGAAGAGGCAACGAGAACCUAAGCGAGGACUGGAAAAACAGGCUUGGGGACACUUACUGAAAAGGCCUGGGGACUUCAGGGGAAUUCCCGAGAGACCCGCCCUGCCUUGGAGGCGGGACCCGGAGCCCGGCCAAUGGGAACGUCACGGGCCGGAGGCGUGGCUUGAAUUCUGUUCCUAAGUGGCCGUGAACUCAGGAAGGAGACCUCGCUGGGGGAGUUCUGGCACCAAGUGUUAGCGCCGAGAGACCAGAGGUGGUUUCUAUCUGAUUAUAUCAAGAGCUGAUCUAUCCAUGAAGCAUAUUCAGUCUGCUCUAACAGGGGAGGGAAGCUCCAGGAAAGAGGAACAAAGAAGCCCAGCCCAAAAUCUGAAAAAUAAACCAUGAAGCUCAGUGAGAGAGACUCAGCAGAUGACAAAGAAGGCGAUUUGGUGAAAAAGAAAUUGGACUGGUCCUGCUCGCUCAUCGUGGCCUCUCUCGUGGGCGCCUUCGGCUCCUCCUUCCUCUACGGGUACAACCUCUCAGUGGUGAACGCCCCCACUCCGUACAUCAAAGCCUUUUACAAUGAGUCGUGGGAAAGAAGGCACGGACAUCCAAUAGACCCGGACACUCUGACUCUGCUCUGGUCUGUGACCGUGUCCAUAUUCGCCAUCGGUGGACUCGUGGGCACAUUGAUGGUGAAGCUGAUUGGAAAAUUUCUUGGGAGGAAGUACACUUUGCUGGUCAACAAUGGGUUUGCAAUUUGCGCUGCAUUGCUGAUGGCCUGUUCCCUCCAGGCAGGAGCCUUUGAAAUGCUCAUCUUUGGACGUUUCAUCAUGGGUGUGGAUGGAGGCGUCGCCCUCAGCGCACUUCCCAUGUACCUGAGUGAGAUCUCGCCCAAGGAGAUCCGGGGCUCCCUGGGGCAGGUGACCGCCAUCUUCAUCUGCAUUGGCGUGUUCACCGGGCAGGUGCUGGGCCUGCCUGAGCUGCUGGGAAAGGAGAGCACCUGGCCGUACCUGUUUGGAAUGAAUGCCGUCCCCGCCGUGGUCCAGCUGGUGAGCUUGCCCUUUCUCCCCGAGAGCCCACGCUACCUGCUCCUUGAGAAGCACAACCAGGUGGGAGCCAAGCAAGCCUUCCAGACAUUCCUGGGCAAAGAGGACGUCUCCCAAGAGAUGGAGGAGGUCCUGGCGGAGAGGCGUGUGCAGAGGAACAUCCGCCUGGUGUCCGUGCUGGAGCUGCUCAGGAGUCCCUUCGUCCGCUGGCAGGUGGUCACCGUGGUCCUCACCAUGGCCUGCUACCAGCUCUGCGGGCUCAACGUGAUUUGGUUCUACACCAACAGUAUCUUCGGAAAAGCUGGGAUCCCUCCAGAAAAGAUCCCAUACAUCACCUUGAGCACAGGUGGCAUCGAGAUUUUGGCUGCCGUCUUCUCUGGCUUGGUCAUCGAGCGCCUGGGACGGAAACCCCUCCUCAUUGGCGGCUUUGGGCUGAUGACCCUCUUCUUUGGGAUCCUCACCAUCACGCUGACGCUGCAGGACCACGCCCACUGGAUCCCUUACCUGAGUAUCGUGUGCAUUCUGGCCAUCAUCGCCUCCUUCUGCAGUGGUCCCGGCGGCAUCCCAUUCAUCUUGACCGGCGAGGUCUUCCAACAAUCACAGCGGCCGGCUGCCUUUAUCAUCGCGGGCACCGUCAACUGGCUCUCCAACUUUGCUGUCGGCCUCCUCUUCCCGUUCAUCCAGAAAAGUCUGGGCACCUACUGUUUCCUGGUCUUUGCUGCGAUCUGCCUCACAGGUGCUGUCUAUUUCUAUUUUAUCCUGCCUGAGACCAAAAACAGAACCCAUGCAGAAAUCAGCCAGGCAUUUGCCAAAAGGAACAAGGCAUACCCACCAGAGGAGAAGAUUGACUUAGCUGUAGCCGAUGCUAAGAUGAUGGGAAAGCCUGAACCAGACUCCUCCUCCACCCUGGACAAUUCUGUCAAAAAUGAGAUUGUCUAAAUGGAUGAUCUCACCAUUUCAGGAAACCCAAGAUUUCCCUAUGAGUUUAAUAUAAUUAAGUAUUUAAAAAUAAACCUUUGCUAAUCUAAUAUGGCAACCAUUUGGGCUUUCUUCAUAGCUAAGUUCCCCACGCUCUUCAGGAGGCUGGCAAGAAUUACACUACGUCUCAGCAGACCCAACAUUCUUCCACACAGAUCGCCUGCCUUCUUCAUGACUUGGCCUAUGGUUUCAAAAUAAAAUUGGAGAAAUAGCAUUUGAAUGCUUUCUCAAGGAGAAGAAUAGGGUUUGACAGAGGACUCGAUGGACUGGAAAUCACAGACUGAGGUUUUAGUCCCGGUUCUAUCAUAAGUAGCCUUGAGCUGCCCUCAACCUGGAUCCUGAAGCCUCAAUGGACCCUUGGCUUUGGCCUUGGAUAAAGGUUUCAGAAUUCAGUGGAAAGACUCUUCAUACCUCCUAAUAAAUGCCUGUUUCCAAUCUUUGGCUCUGCCUCGUGGACCUCAGGCUCAGGAGAGCCUGAUACCAACCCACCACCCUCCAGGUUCUGCCUUUCCCAGGCUAUGUCCCAUGCAGCUCAAGACCUCCAGCCCUGAAACAUCUUCACGUCAGAGUAUCAGAUGUGUCACAGAGGGCAUAAAGAGGAUCAAUAUGUGGAAGAUCUGGAGAGGCAAAUGUAAGAAAUCACUUUCCAGGAGCUGGGGCAGGGCUGCAAUUGAACUCUGUUCAAUUGAAAAACCAUACUAAGAAUGAGAAUAUUAAGCUCUGAACCUAACCUAGACUUGGAGGGAAAAAAACAUUGUGAUCAAUUAGUGAUGUCUGCCAUGGGCGCAGGAGUGAGAGUGUCACAUGUGUGCCUCAUGUUUGCCAAUCCUGGAAGAGAUUAUGUGAAAGAUAGUGUAUUAGGGGUCUCCAGAGGAACAAAAUAUAUAUAGUUUAUUAUGAGGAAUUGGCUCACACGAUUAUAGAGGCUAAGAAGUCCCAUGAUCUGCCAUUUGCAAGCUGGAAACCCAGGAAAGCUGAAGGCCUGACAACCAGGAGAACUAGUGGUGUGAGUUCCUGUCCAGGCCCAAAAGCCUGAGAACCAAGAGCCUGAUGGUGUAAAUUCCAAUCCCAAAGCAGAAGAAGACCAGUGUCCCAGCUCAGUCAGGCAGGCUAAGAGCAAAUCCUCCCUCCUCUGCCUUUCUGUUUUCUAUUCAGGCCCUCAACGGAUUGGACGAACCCACCCACAUUGGGGAAGGCCAUCUGCUUUACACAACCUACAAAUUCAAAUGCUAUUCUUGUCCAGAAGAACUCUCACAGACACACCCCAAAAUAAUGUUUAACCAAAUAUAUAGACACCCCAUGGCCCAGUCAAGUUGGCAUAUAAAAUUAAGCAUCACAAGUUCACCCCUUGUCGAUGUGGCACCUAUACACAUCUCCUUAAACAUACUUAAUCUCCAAAUGAAGACAAUAAUAAGGUCAUAAUUCCACCUAACAUGAUACAACUAUCCUGCCCACAACUGAAAACACACUAACCUCUUCCCCAGAAAAGGAGAUAAGGUCCUUGAGUGAUGUUUCUCUUCUCCUUGAUAUCCCAUAACUUAAAUUCUAUGACAUAAAAUUAAAAAACUUAAGUUUUAUGAUAUAAAGUCAAUACAUCUUUUUGUUACAUAAGGGAAUAAAAAAGGAAAGAAAAAAAUAUUGUCAUAUAGACAGAGAGACAAAUAGAUACACAAAUGUAUUAAUAACAAAAUAAGGAGGAAAUACUCAAGACAAUUACAGUCCUCGUUCUGUAACUGGUCAUGUGGUCAUAGCUGGUAUUUAUAACUACCUUCCUCCACUACCCACUCGGUGUUCCCUUUGCCUUCAGCAAGCACCUCAGCUGGUUGUGGUUCUUUACCUGGUCAGGUGACCCAAACCUUCAUUCCUGAGGGCUCUGGGCCAUUAGUAGUCCUGCCUGAAUUGAGUUGUUGUAGUUUUCCAUUGACUUUAAUCACACACCCUAAGGGAUCUCCUACAUUCCAGACAUACUCCCCCUUCCCUCCGUUGUGGAGUAGCAGUCCAAUUUCCCCUUGGUAGUCAGGAUCAAUCACCCUAGCCAGCACAGUAACUCUCUUUUACCGUUUGCACCCCUUUGACCCAGUCAAGUUGACACACAAAAUUAACCGUCACAGAUAUUGGGUUCUCCAUUACUCAAAGUGCUCGAGCAAAAGUUGAGUGAUUGCUUGUCUUGACUAUUGUUAAGGAAAUCUGUGUCAAUUUUGGAAGAAGUUGUUAGGAGUAGAUAUGUUUAAGGACUCUUCCAGCCCUUACAUGCUAGGGUUGUUGGGGUCAGAACAACUUGCAGCCUGCCAUUAUAAUGCAUGCCUCCUGGGUUGGGUGAUUCCCUAUACUUGCCUCCAGAAUGAAGCAAACUCGAAGUGCCCAUAUGUAAAUGAAAGUGCAUGUGAAUUAGCACUUGUGUGUUUGAAUUUAGUAUGUCGCAGUAGGAGUGGGGCCAGAGAGGAAAGGCUCUGGACUGAGUAACACCACUGGAAUCCCCUCCGUCUUUUCUAAUCAUUCUUGAUGAAGACAGCCUUAGCCAAAGCCUGAGUUCUGAUUUUCCUCUCCUACUGAAUAUUUUUUCAUCACUGGGCUUCUCCUUUGGUUGAUUGCCAGUUCAAUGCACCAUACUAUCUGGCUUUGGUUUGGCUGAAAAAUUUGGACAGUGUUUGUCAAUAUGGAGAGAAAGUGAUACGUGGGUACAAAAAGUGCCUGAGACCAAAAAAGCCAAAUAAAGUGU